CAUCGGUUGACCGUUAAACCUCUUUCAUCUCUCAAGCAACCUUCCAAUAUUUGGCAUCUUGCAGUGAAGACGAUGGAAGGAACCGACUCUUUGACCACCGUGUCGUUAAAAUUUAACGGCAAUCAAAGCACCCAACAUUUUACGCCAUUGAUAAAUAACCAAUCAACAAAUCAUCAAACCCAAAAAGCCUUUAACGUGUAGUCUUCAUCCUCUUCCCUUUUCUUCUUGUUCGAUCUUCAAUCGUAUAUAUGAAUAAUUGUAGAUACAAACACACACGGAUUUGAUUCAUACACUCCAAUUCUUAUCUGUUAAACCCACUAUUUUUCUUCAAUUUUUGUAUAUAGUUAUAGUUUACAGGAUUAAUUUAUGUCCUCUUUAAUGGAGGUCUCAUCAUCAUCAUCAUGUUCUUCUCCACUAUCGCUUCAUCGUCUCAAUUUCGCCCCACCCAGACCCGUUUCUCGUUUCUCCUCCAAACCCUUGACCCGAUUCACCUCUUCCACUACCUGUAACGCUUCCUCUUCUAGUUCGUCGUCUUACUUUGGAGUUUCUCUCUCUCAUGAACUCUCGAAAUCGAUGAAUAAUUACACCCUUUCUCGAAAAAGACGUGGGUCGUUCUAUAUUGUAUCUGGGGUGUUCGAGAGAUUUACCGAAAGAGCCAUUAAAGCCGUGAUGUUUUCACAGAGAGAAGCUAAAGCUUUGGGCAAAGACAUGGUGUACACACAACACCUUUUGUUGGGUUUAAUUGCUGAAGAUCGUGCUCCUGGUGGGUUUCUUGAAUCGGGAAUCACCAUUGACGCUGCUCGUGAAGCUGUUCGGAGUAUUUGGGAUGACGACGGUGGUUUGGGGGCGGCAGCUCCGCCGUCAACCUCCGCCACAGACGUAUCGUUUUCUAAUGGUACGAAGAGGGUAUUCGAAGCUGCAGUUGAGUAUUCAAGAACUAUGGGUUAUAAAUUCAUCGCACCUGAGCAUAUCGCCAUUGGUUUGCUUACUGUAGAUGAUGGCAGUGCUGGUCGUGUCCUCAAGAAAUUAGGGGCAGAUAUGAAUCGCUUAGCAGAUGUGGCAAUCUCUAGAUUGCAAGGAGAGCUUGCCAAAGAUGGAAGAGAACCUCCUGCAUCCAGACAGAUGUCAAAUAAAACAUCUAUGAGAUCUCUUGAAAAAGUAAAAGGGAAGAGUGCUUUAGAUCAAUUCUGUGUGGAUCUUACAGCUAGGGCUAGUAAUGGGCUUAUUGAUCCUGUCAUUGGUAGAGAUUCUGAAGUCGAAAGAAUUGUUCAGAUUCUUUGCCGAAGAACGAAAAAUAAUCCUAUUCUUCUUGGCCAAGCUGGGGUUGGGAAAACAGCCAUUGCAGAAGGGUUGGCGAUUCGUAUUUCAGAUGCGAAAGUCCCGGUGUUUCUCUUGACGAAACGGGUUAUGUCGUUGGAUAUAGGUUUGUUAAUUUCUGGUGCGAAGGAGAGGGGAGAACUAGAGGGACGCGUAACUACCCUAAUUAGGGAGGUAAAGCAGUCAGGGGACGUGAUCUUGUUCAUCGAUGAAGUCCAUACCCUCAUCGGGUCGGGCACCGUUGGACGAGGAAACAAAGGAUCUGGACUCGAUAUUGGUAAUCUUUUGAAGCCAUCUCUUGGGAGGGGUGAAUUGCAGUGUAUUGCGUCUACGACUAUGGAUGAGUAUAGAUUGCAUUUCGACAAGGAUCAAGCAUUGGCACGUAGAUUUCAGCCUGUUCUAAUUGAAGAACCAAAUCAGGAGGACGCAGUCCGGAUUCUGAUGGGGCUGCAGGAAAAAUACGAGGCUCAUCACAAAUGUAGAUACACUUUGGAUGCCAUAAAUGCUGCUGUGUACCUGUCAUCAAGAUACAUUCCCGACAGAUAUCUUCCCGACAAAGCCAUUGAUCUCAUUGAUGAAGCAGGCAGCAGAGCGAGAAUGGAAGCUUUCAGAAAGAAGAAGGAAGAGCAAACUGACGUGCUUUCAAAGUCACCAAACGAGUAUUGGCAAGAGAUUAAAGCCGUCCAGGCCAUGCAUGAUGUGGUUUUAGAGAGCAAACGCAGCAAUCCUGUUGACCCACAAGAAACCGACGAUGAGGCUGCUUUGACACUCACAUCUGAUGACCAAGAGCCUUCCAUAGUCGGAGCUGGUGAAAUAGCAGCGGUUGCUUCACUAUGGUCGGGGAUUCCAAUUCAGCAGCUUACUGCUGAUGAUAGAAUGCUACUCGUGGGACUUGAUGAACGGCUAAAGGAACGAGUUUGUGGCCAAGAUGAAGCUGUGGAUGCCAUCUGUCGUGCUGUUAAGAGAUCCCGUGUUGGCUUAAACGAUCCCGACAGACCAAUUGCAACCAUGCUUUUUUGUGGACCCACAGGAGUCGGCAAAACCGAGCUCACAAAAGCUCUAGCGGCAUGCUACUUUGGCUCGGAAGGUUCGAUGCUGAGACUGGACAUGAGUGAAUACAUGGAGCGGCAUACGGUCAGCAAGCUAAUCGGGUCACCACCAGGUUACGUAGGCUAUGGAGAAGGCGGCACACUUACUGAAGCCAUCCGUAAACGCCCUUUCACCGUGGUGCUUCUUGACGAAAUAGAAAAAGCUCAUCCCGAUAUCUUCAACAUUCUUCUCCAAAUCUUUGAAGAUGGUCACCUCACAGAUUCUCAGGGUCGUAGAGUAUCGUUCAAGAACGCGUUGGUGGUGAUGACUUCCAAUGUGGGUUCUACGGCUAUUGCAAAGGGUAGACACAACUCCAUCGGUUUCAUGCUUGCUGAUGAUGAGUCUUCGGCUUCGUAUGCUGGAUUGAAAUCACUAGUAAUGGAAGAACUUAAGGCUUAUUUUCGUCCCGAAUUACUCAACAGGAUAGACGAAGUUGUCGUUUUCCGUUCACUUGAGAAGACUCAGAUGCUCGAGAUCUUGAAUAUGAUGCUCGAAGAGGUGAAAAAGAGGCUCGUUUCGUUUGGAAUCAAUUUAGAGGUGUCUAUGCCAGUAAUGGAGCUUAUAUGCGAACAAGGUUUUGACCGGAGUUAUGGUGCAAGACCUCUUCGGAGGGCUCUCACUCUCAUAAUCGAAGAUCCGUUAAGCGAAUCACUUCUUAGCGGAGAGUUCAAGCAGGGUGAGACCGCUAUUAUUGAGCUAGAUGAAACCGGAAACCCGGUGGUUACCAACAAGUCUCGCCAGAACGUGUAUUUGUCGGACUCGUCAACAUUGUCGUAGUCGAAACCCAAUCAUUGUUUCGGAGUCGUUUAAUGUACAAAGUGAUUCAUAAUUGAUGGUGUAUAUGUUAGAGGAAGGUGUAGAGAUCACAAGUUAUAUUCUUUUGUCUUCAGGUUCAAUAAAUUUAUUCACUUUGAUAUCUAUCAAAUGUAAUUCCAUCUUAAACCAGUCUUGAUCUGAACUUUUGAUGAAUUAGAGUUGGUCUGUUUAC